ACCAUUUAUCCUUACGAAUGUAGCAUCAAAGAUGGCGGGCAAAAGUGGGAUUGCCCGUCAACUUGAACGAGUGAGACUAAAAUUCGUGCAAGAAUUAGAUAUCAAUAAACUUUUACCACGAUUGCUUAGGAGAGGUAUUUUUACCGUCACCGAAGAAAAAGAAAUAUUGAGUCCACCAAGUCCAAAGAAAAGAACUGAGAACCUUUUGGAUAUUAUUUCUCAAAAAGAUCGCUACGCUUUCGCAGAAUUUUGUAAAAGUUUAGAAGAGUGUGCACCUCAUCUUUUGACAUCAUUAAUUGUUGAAAAUCAAGGAACAGACGCAGGUGUUGAAGAUAAUCCUCCAACACAGGCCCUGCAGCUGGGUUUUGAGCUUGCCCUAAAAGAAAGAGAUGCUGUUCUGCGAGAAAAUGCUAGGGCACAGGAGGCCAGGGAUGAAGCCCUGAGGCAGUUGGAGGCUGUCAAGAGGGAGAGAGAUCAGGCUGUGUCUCACUUAGAGAACUACACAUCCAAGUCUGGGAAAGUCACAGAUGGAAUUUCAACAUUGGAUAGAGCAGGCAAAGUGGUAAAGGAUAAACCUGUUGUCAUGGAGACAGAUCUAGCCUAUGAGGAGUUAAGGUUCACUAGCUCCUCUUUACUCAAUAACCAGAAUGGUCCCAAUGUUGUGUGGGAGACUCACCAAGUAACACUACACAAGGCUCCCACUUUUGGAUUUGGAAUUGCAGUUAGUGGUGGGAGAGACAGUCCUCAUUUCGCCAAUGGAGAUCCAUCUGUUGCCAUUUCUGAUGUUUUGAAGGCAGGGCCAGCAGAGGGCAAGUUAUUAAUCAAUGACCGAAUAGUAUCAGUGAAUGGCAUCUCUUUAGAGAAUGUUGACCACUCAACUGCUAUCAAUGUAUUACGUGACUGUGGGAGCACUGUCAAUCUGGUUGUCAGGAGGAGAACACUCUUACCAGUUUCACACCCAGACAGAUCGUCUGCUCCGCCAUUCAAGAUAACUCUGAGCAAAAGGAACAAAAAAGAUGAUUUCGGAAUCAUUCUUGGUUAUAAAUUAUAUAUCAAGCAUGUCUUGCCGAAUUCCUUGGCGGCAGGAGAGCAAACUUUGCGAGAAGGAGAUAUUGUACUUAAGAUCAACAACACGCCAGUAGAAAACCUUUCUCUGGCAGAGGCCAGGAAACUGAUUGAUAAGAGCAAGGACAAGCUGCAGUUGAUUGUCAACAAGGAGAGGAGGUCAGAGGAAAGGUCAUACCCUCAGGCGAACCUUCCUAGUCUUGGUGCUAUGGGCACUGAUGCUGAUUACUUCCCCAGUCGAAUAAGGGACAAGGAUGAUGUCAAUGUUUACAGGCCGAGUGUCAGGUCAGAAGAGGACAUCUAUGUCAAGGAUCCCACAUCCAUGCGGCAGCCAGUGCCCCCUGGAGCAUAUCCAAACUCUGAAAACACACGCUAUGAUGGUCACUAUGUCUUAGAUAAUGAUCCUCCCAUUCGAGCAUCUCGGCCAGUAGAAAAUAGUCACCGGGAUGGUUACUACAGUGAUAGAGACGACGGGUGGCGAGGACGGGAAGACUAUCUUCCACAUGCCAAUGAACACAUGGAUGAUGUGUUUGCUUCCCAUCAGUCAAUCCAUGAGCGUUAUGUCGACAUGCGCAGCGACAUCUGCUCAGAACCUAGGCAAGUGACAUUUUUAAAGGACAAGCAGACAGGACUUGGCCUGCGUCUGGCAGGGGGUAAUGCCACUGGGAUAUUUAUAGCCAGUGUGCAGCCUGGGAGUGCUGGAGAAAGGGAAGGCCUUGUAGAGGGAGACCAGAUCAUCUUGGCUAACGACCAAGAGAUUACAGGUUUUACCAGGGAGGAGGCAGUGUCCUACUUGACUAGUCUGGAAGGGGAAGUCACUAUGGUUGUGCAGUACAGAAAAGAAGAAUAUGACCUUAUCAUGGCAAGUCAUGAAGCUGGUGAUUCAUUUUUUAUCAGGGCCCACUUCAAUUACACAGCCACUAAUCCUAGCACAGAGCAUUCCUUCAAAGUCGGGGACUUAUUCAAUGUCAAGGACACUCUCUUUGGUGGUAUUGGUGGCUCCUGGUUGGCAAUCAAGUUAUCAGAGGAUCCGGCAGAAAAUAAAAAAGGAACCAUCCCAAACAGUAAAACGGCUGAAAUUCUCAAGUCUCAGCAAGGAGAAGAUAACAACAAAGAGAAUUUCCCAAACAGGGGACGAGGAAGCUUGUUCAAAAGGAAGACCUCCAGGCGAAGCAAGUCCUUAGGGAAAGAUCACUGGGAUGAAGUUAUAUUUGAUGAGGAGGAGGAAGCUGGAUUAGGUACCAAGUUCCCAGCCUAUGAGAGAGUUGUACUAAGGGAACCUGGCUUUGUUAGGCCUGUGGUUAUAUUUGGUGCAAUAGCUGACAUUGCUAGGGAGAAGCUCUUAAAUGAGAACCCAGACAAGUUUGAGUCGCCACAGAUAGAGAAACCUUCCACAACUGGUGAGAAAAAAACAGCCAUUAUAAGACUAGGAGCUAUACGAGAAGCCAUAGCUCAGCACAAGCACUGCCUACUAGAUGUGACACCCCAAAAUGUGGACAGGCUGAACUAUGCCCAGUACAAUCCUAUAGUCAUCUUCUUGAAAGCUGACAGCAAGCAGUCCAUCAAGGAUGUGCGCAGCCGGUGGAAAAACUCAUCCAGGAAUCCCAGGAAGCUUUUGGAGCAGAGUGAAAAGCUGGAGAAAACAUACUCUCACUUAUUUACAGCUGUGUUGGAACACAAGGGCACAGAUGCAUGGUUCAUGAAACUCUGCCUAAAGAUUGAUGAACAGCAAAAGCAGAAGAUAUGGAUGUCUGAAAAAAAGCCCCAGGAAGACAUGAGUGAUGACUUCAUGUUCCCCAUGUCCAAUCGCAUGAGCAUCGCUGGGGGUGCAGAGAGUGACCAUGAGCAGCCCAGGCCAAGAGAUGACCUUGAUGUGUCCCCCAUCAGAAAGAAGCAGCUGAUGAGGUCGUCAAGUGACCCCAGUGUCAACACACAAGAAAACAUUCCUGGAAUUCCUCCCUACCCUUCCCCACCUACGUAUAAAAAUCAAAAGAUCCCCUCAGAUUCCAAAUACUCUAUUGGCGAUAUCAGUCCCAGGUUAAUAGUCAGAGAUGACUUACAAGUCCACCCUGAAGACAGAUAUUACCCUUCUUAUUAUUCUGAUCAAAUUAACACUAUAUCUCAGUACCCCCCAUCAAGAUCACAUAUUGAUUUAUAUGCAACUUUGACUCCCAGUGAAAGGCUUCACCAGCGUAUCAACACAGAUCCCUCCUAUGUAAGUGGUAUGGACGCCCCAUACCAUCCCCAAAUGGAUGAAGGGGACAACACAUUGAGUAGACAGCGGCUGACCCAACCUGGACCUGCAGGAGAUCACAGGACGUACAAUGACAGCUCCUCCCACUCCAGUGACUCAUACAGCAAGUACAUCAACUCUCCCCAGAACAAGCACGAUGAUACCAAGCUCAGGGAAAAGUUUGGCAGCCUUCAGAUUGGUGGUGGUGGGCGGAGCCUUGGGCAUGACCCGUACCGUUUCACCAGGAGCACAGCCAACCCUAUCAGCGGUCAGGUGGACAAGGCCAAACUCUCUGACCUUUCGGCAAGAUAUAGGAAACAAGAUGUGCAGCAGAAGCCCACCAUCACCAAACAGAUGUCUCUUCCCUCUGUACAGCAGCCUGUGUCUAAACAGAAAGAACCUCCUCCUGUGCCGGUCAAAUCUAUCAAAGUCAAACAGAGAGGAAGAGAGCAGGACGAGUUGAAAAGAAAUUAUGAAAACUCAAACAGGGCCUACAACUAUGCAGAUGUAAACACAGCAUCCAAUCGCUAUGGUACACUGCCACCAUCGUCUUCCUAUCCUGACAUAGACAGGCCAUACGAGUACAUGUCUAUGAGACAGGUCCAGAGCAAUUUGAACAAUGGCGCCUCCAAAUAUGACACAUGGAAUAACAGGCAGCCAGGACUGAACAAUGCCCUGUCCCAGCACAGUCUUCCACUAGACGCCAUUGACAGGGGCUCCCCACAGCCUCCUCCCCUCCCACCUCAGCCCUCGGAUGCAGAUUAUUAUGAUGGCAGAGCCUUUGCCAACGAAGUCUAUAUGGACCACACAGACGUGCGGCAAACCAGAGGACAGUUCGAACUUGGCGGAGGUGGGGGGUACACACGACCCAGAACGGAUGAUGAACAACUUGAGGACAUUCAGAGGACCAGAUGGAGGACCAAAUCAGAGACCCGGCUGACAGAUCUCUCCAACAGGAGGCCUUGGACAGACUCUAACAGCCACAGCACUCACGCUCUUGAGUCCAGCGGCACACACAGGAGAGCUGAGCCAGCCAUCAACGAGAACAGAGGGAGGAAUGCUACACGGUAUAAGAGCUGGGACACGGCUAAACACGAGCAUGAUAUGUUCACCAACUACACCAGGCUUAUCACAACACAGGGUUUUGUUCCCCAGGGGAGGGCAUUCUCCAACAGUCAUAGAGAUCUGAGGGAUAACUAUUCCUCUGUGGCGCCAAAUACCAGGACCUACGCUAACCCAUUGCCCUCCCAUAGUGCUGACAGCGCCUUCACUUCGUACAAGAGACCAGUGAAGCAGAGUUCCUUCUCCUACACUCCGUCUGCUUCCCACUCACCUGAGCGGAAGAGAGACAGGCCCUUAGCACCUACCCACAGGAGCCACAGCGUCGGCACCGAGCUAAGAACUAAAAUUGUCUCCCCUGGACAAAAAGGCCCUUCACUCAGGGUGACAGAGCUCAAGAGUAGCCUCAAUUAUUCCCCACCCAAGACAAAGUCCAAAACUGCUGACCAUAUGAAUGGGGGAGUCACCAAAGCUGAUGACUUGCCCCCUCCACCCCCCUCCCCCUCAGAUGAACUCCCAUUUCUGUUUUCCAUAAUGCCACUGCCCCCUCCACCUCCUAUCACUGAACUCUUGAAAGAAGGUAAAAAGUUUGCUCCACCAGCCCCGCCCCUGUUAACUUUUCCUCUUCCCCCUAUCUCACAAAAUGGGUCUGACCAUGAAAGCACUAGUAGCAUACUGAAUGUCAAAGUCCAUUCUGAAAAAGAUGGGUGUUCAGAUGGUGUCUCUGUUCAAUCUCUCGUUGGAUCAAAAAGGACUGGAGACAGUGGCAGCUCUGACAGUAUCAAUGACAAGCACACAAUUAUAGCUACAGCUAAAGGUAUUUUCACAUCAAAAGGAGGAUUGCUAGAAUCUAAAGAGACUGGUGUCAGUAUUUGUAUACCAGAAGGUGCCAUUGCAGAAGACACUGAACAAGAAAUCUAUUUUAAAGUCUGCAGAGACAACAGCCUGUUACCUCCCCUGGACACAGAGAAAGGUGAGACUUUGCUAAGUCCACUGGUGAUGUGUGGACCUCAUGGGAUCCAGUUCAAGAAGCCAGUAGAACUCAGACUGCCCCACUGUGCCUCAGCCAACCCAGAGAGCUGGUCAUUUGCUCUCAAGUCGAGUGAAUCACCUACAGGUCAAGCAACAGAGUGGCAGAACACAACAUUAGCCGGCUCCGAGGCCAAAGGAAGAGUAGAUCAAAACAGCGUCUCAAUUUUGGUGGAUCAUUUUUGAUACCAUCUGGCCAGACUCCACAAACCUUUUUUUUUUUGUGUGUUACUGUUUCUUCCGUGAUACUGCAUAUCAUCUGAUCUGUUGAUGUUGCUGUAUAAUACAUUGUAGUAUUAUUAUUGCUUUGUGAAUGUUGAUUUUGAAAGCAUGUUUGAAAUCUUGAUGAUGAUUUGUAAUAAUCAUAUUUCUAGAAGGGAAUGUUUUGGAAUCAGAUAAAGGAAGAAUACUUUGUAUAUUUUUUUUUACAUUCUGCUUAGACUAAUUUCAAUGUAUCCUAUACAGAACUGCAUGACCAGUAAAACUCUUUCCUAAAACAUUCCGUAAACCUCAGAGAUUAUUUUACUUUGUACAAAACAGAAAUUUGCUAAACAAAUUGAUAUACACUAUGCUUUCCUGGUAAACAAAUGUUGUUUUUAUUCAAUUUUGCUAUAUAAUAGACAUCACUAUUAUCAUUUGUGAAUUCUAUUUGUUUGAAAUGGUUGUAAUAUAUAGAAAGAUUGAGUUGUUUUUUUAUAAGCUGAUGUUAUGAAGUAAAGUCAUACAUCUAUGCACCAAGCAGUAUAGUACAGUUUUCUUUUUUUUUUUUUUUUUAAAUACCAGGACAGUGUUUGUGUUACUUAUUUUUCAACCCUUUAUCAUUUCUGCAUUUUAAUUUCUCAGACCAGUACCUGGCCAAUGAUAUUGACAUAUAUAACAUUAAGUUUUAUUUCCCUUUAUUUUGCUAAUUGCAAUUUCCCUUUAAUUGAAAAAAAAAAGAUAUAUUUAUGUCAUACAAAUGUAAGUCUAUUAUUGGUUGUUUUCUUGCUGGCUGUGCAUUAGUUUCUUGAGUUGAAUCGAUGGAAACUGCUUAAGAUGCACUAGAGUUUGGGGGACUAGCCAGACUGUUUAGUGAGUCUUACUUCAUGUUACUUUAAUGCAUGCACUUCGACAGUCCACCAGUGAGUAGUGCUUUAAUCUAAACCAAUGAGAAGGUUAAUGCUUAAAUUUAAACCAAUUAGGUGGUUAGUGCUUUAAUCAACAAACAUAUUUCACUUUUUGAUAUUAUUAGAAACAAAAUUUUUUUUUAUACUUUGUAUUUCAUUUAUGUUGAUAAGUCAAUACGAACAACCCUUUUUAUUGAGGGUGGGGAGGGGAGUGCUGUUAUUUUCAGGCCUCUGAUGAUAUAUUACAUUUAGUUUAAUCAGUGCUUUUUUUUUUUUUUUUUUUUUGUAAGAUCUAUUUUUAUUUCUAUCUAAUAAUUGGCUUCUGAAUGGGACUAAUUAAAGGAAAUGAACUAUUGAGUGGAAGAAAUUUUUUUUUAAGUUAUUUUUUUUUAAUAUGUUAUGCAAAUUCAUCAUCAACUUUAGAGUUAAGCCCUACAAGUCGUCUUUGUAUUUUCUAUCCUAAGAUUUCAACGUCUAGAUGUAGACAGAAUAUUAAAACAUAAGUCCUAAUAAUGGGAGAAUACUCAAUUACUUCGACGUAGAAUUGAUAAGGAACUUCUAUGUAAUGAUUCUCUGAAUUAAAGUUGCAAAGGGAACUUAUUCUGUUAGCUACUUUAGAAGAGUUUUCAAAGGGCAGAUUUCAUCUGCUGCUACUGGUGGUUGUGACUGAUAUAUACAGAUACACUUUGUGAAAUUUUUUAUUUUUUUUCCUUUUGCGUGUGUGCCAUUUUAAUAUUUAAUUCUCUUGGAGCAUCACAAUACAUAUUUGUAUUGGUGAUGAUUUUCAAUUCCUUAUGUCUGGAAAUGUUAUACUGUAUUCUUCCUUGGUGAAAAUAUCAAGAUGUAGAAAAAAAAUGUAAACAUCCUUAUAUGGUUUGUUUCAUUUAGUUAAGUGACACUUUUAUAUUUGAUUGUUAUAAAUGGUAAAAACUCAUAUUUUUUUUAACAAAAUGUGUUUUGUGCUGCAUAUGAUUUCAGUUUUAUGGAAUAGAGCUUUAUGAAAGGUCAUUUUUUAUUUUGUCUUCUGUGACCUCUUGUAUUGCUGGUACUUAACUUAAUUUGUGUAUUUCAAGUAUUACUUGCAUGUGUCUAUGAUGCAUAAUUUAAAAGUGUUCAGUUCUAUACUCAAUGUAUAGAAAUACUAAGCAGUUCAGGAAAUGUACAUAGGGCUUCCAUACCAUGUAUAAUAUGUAGUUUCAAGGCGCUCCUGACAGAAAAUUCUGGGAAAUUAUUUGUAAUGUGAUUUGCUAGUGUAAAACAAAAAUGUGUGUAGGUCAAAAUAAUUUUUUUUUUCUUUUUUUGUUUUAGAUGGAGCGAUUAUAAAUUAUAAAACAAGCAUUUGGCCAAAACUGAAAUGGUUAAAGUAUAUUGUGUUUUAAUCUGGAAUCAUUUGUUACAUUGUUUCAGAUGAUUUUGAGCUUUGUACAUAGCCAGCUUACUUAGGUCAGUGUUUUCUGCCCGUACUUCUUUGUAUGAAGUAAUAUUUGUCACUCAUAACUUUGUUAUUCAAGAAAGUUUGGAUCUUUGUUCCUGAUAUGUUGAUUCCUGCAGAUUAUUUUGAUUGUCUAACAUUCUUUCCAUCUGGAGCAGUAGUCUUCAAUCUGUUUGAUCAAAAGUCUGUGAACCGGUGGAGGCCUAGUGCUUCAAAGUAUUUCAAAAGUGGGUCAUUGUCUUAUUAUAAAGAGAUAAAUAUUUAAAAACUUGCUUCAGAAACAUUUUCCGUACCCUGUGUUUUGUAUUUAUCCACAUUCUUUACCCGACCACCAAAAUGAAGUCUUGAUGUAACUCUACUUCCAUGUAUGGUAUCCAAGUGUCUUGCCAUAUUUUGAUCUGUUCCUUAUUACAACCUAUUGACAUUUUGCUAAAAAUGAAUUUUUCCUUCCAGCUAUGCUAAAGAAAUUAUUAACUUUUGAUUUUUUUUCCACACUUGUUUCAUGGUGGCCAGCUGUCUGAACUGAGCUGGUAAAUUAAUAAUAAUAGUAGGGAGGAGGUACUAGUAGGGAAAUGUUCUGGAGGCAGGUUCUACUAUUUCAUCAUGUAUACUACAAUUUUAUUGUUUUUGGUUAAGACUUUGAGGUCCUAUCCUACGGGCACUGGUUGGAGUGGUGGAUGAGUUGCAAGGAUUUAUUUUCUGCCUUUAAGAUCUGGAUCAAAGCUUCUCAAUUCACCAAGCUCCCAAUGUGCACUUGGUCUCAAUGGUGGAGCUUCUUUCACCACAUCUUAAGACUCUUGUAAACUAUAGAUCUAGAAAGUAGUGAACAUUUUGUCAGUCCUAUGGACCACAACAUCUCAAAGAGGACUUAACAUCUUAUAUGUCGCAUAUAAAUUUUUUUAUGCCAGGCAUGUCACUAAAUUAUUUCGUCUUUUCGAAGAGUGACAACAAAUUAAAGUUGUAGGAAUGCAUUGCUGUGUAUUUUCUGUUUGAUCAUGAGCAAGACAAUUGCAGGGAAAGGAGCGGGAAGGUUCUAGAUAUUUUUUGGGAAAUUAAAAAGAUCUUAACAGCUUAAGUAUACUUUUAAUAAAUUUCCUAAUAACAGUUUGACUACCUUCUCCUAGAAUGACAGCAUUUAUAUUUCUAUUAUCACAAGAAAUCUUGAAAUCACCUUUUUUGUCUAUAAUAAUAAUUGAAUUGACUCAUAAUGUCUCAAGAUGUCCUUGUGUGAUUUGUUUUAACCUUUGUGAUUGAUUAUAAAUGCCAACUUUAGUUACACACAAGUUGCUACUUGUUUAGUAUUACAUUAGAAAAUUUGACAUUGACCUAAUUAAAAAAAUAAUAAUUGUAUAUUACUACAGAUUUUUUACUGGCCAACCAAAGAUCAAACUGAAGUGAAAAUGUACACUAGUUUUAAUAUAACAGUAUUAAUAGUUACGGUGGGGACACAGUUUCCUCACCUCUAUAUUUAGCUUUUAUGUUUUUCUGAACCUUAUUUUCUUUAAAAUAAUUUUUGUUCAAUCUCACAUUCCUUCCUUUUGCCAUCACUCUUUCUCAGGCAAAGUCUCAAAACGGGGGCACAUUUUCUUAAGUGCUUCUUUAAUUUUAAUUUACAUUGGUUAGCAACAUUUGUUUUUAUUGAAUCCCUUAUUUUUUGUAGUGAAUAGUGUAAGACAUUGAGCUCAUUGUGUGAAUAUUAUAAGCAGUGGAUCAAUUGGGAAACUUAUGACAUACAUGACAACUAAAUUCCUAUUAAAAGGCUGGCAAAUCAUCUGGAAAUGUUAUUUAACCUUGGUUAGGCCAAUUAUAGAAUAUGCAUCCUCCGUUUGGGACCCCUCAACUCAAGAAAACAUUAAGAAACUGGAACAGACACAAAAUAGAGCAGUGAGAUUCAAAACAAACGAAUAUUCACAUUUGACUAGAGUAACACCUUUAGUAAAAUCACUAAAUUUAGAAAGCCUUCAGGACAGAAGACUCAAAAGUAAAGUAGCAAUUAUACAUAAAACACUGAACCAUAUUCUUCAAAUACAAAAACAAAAUUUAAUAAAAUACUCUGAAAGACACAAAGAUAAAGGCACAUUCCUCGUCCCAUAUGCUAGGACAAAUUUGUACAAAUACUCCUUCUUCCCUAGUGCUAUUAGAGCAUGGAAUGGGUUGCCUGAGCUAGCCAGGAAAACCAGUGACUUGGCAGAAUUUAAGUCAUUGGUCAAUAUGCAUGACUAAAUGCAUGACGCGUAGGACGUAAUCAUCUUCUUUUUUGAAGUAACGUCUUUAUUAUAUAAGAUAAGAUAAAUACUAGCUAACCAUUAGAAUUUCAACAACUAGAAUUGAGAUAUUAUAAUGAUGAAUCCACCCUCUUGUAAUGGAAAUGAAACCUCUCAUAAACUAAACUGGGGAAAAUUAUUUCUUUCAUAAAAAAUUAAUUUCACUUUCUUGUGUAGAAUGUCAUAAUAUUUAUGGUAUGAUACAAAAUCUCUAGUAAUGAAUUAUUAUGAGAAGAUGGUUAAUAUCCAUUUAAAAUGAAUUGGUAACUAAUAAUUUCUUGCGAGAUCAAUAUUAGUUCUGUAGAAAGUAAACAAUGAGAAUUUCAUUCUAUAGUAAAAAUGGUUACAAAUUGUAUUUUACCUUGGGAAUAAAUUUCAUGAAACUUAAAAGCUGGCUAUUUCGACUUUUUUUUUUACAAAGCUUAUAAUUAUUACUGUCUGUCUGGAAUGAUUCUUUUACAGGUUUUUCUCCCACUUCCCAUUCUUGAAUGAAGUUGAAGUUUUGCACAACUGAUGACAAUACAUGAAUCGAUAGAAAAACAAAAAAAAAUUAGUUCAUCAGUUAAUGUUAAUUAAUUUAUUUAGUUUUAUAUUAAAAAGGCAAGUUUUGAGAUAUAUGGCAGUGAUUAUGUGGUUCUUCCCAUUAGAUUAAUUUUUUUUAAAGUAUUUUUUAAAACUAUUUAAAACAUCUGGACUUGUUAAAGUCUGAACUUAAAACUUCAGUAAUCUCAAAAAUAUUUUUUACCUUGACCUACAUUAGAAAAUCUGACAACAGUGGACAUGACUUUGGUCUUGUGUGUGACAAGACAUCUCAGAUUGUUUACUAAUAGGAAAUGACUUUCUUGGCUACUAUGUACUUAUGGAAUUUGGAUAUUCAAUAUAUUUGGCAAAUAUGAACUGCACUUAUCUAUGAAAUAUCAAAAUGUGUAUUCUAAAUUCAGCUUUUGUUUCUCUAUUUUAAACAUAAAAAUUGUAUCAUUUGUUUUUUGUUCCUUGUGAUGAAAUAAAUCUCUUUAUCUAUAUUUGUACAUAAAAUAUUUUAUUCAUACUAUCAAUAUCAUUUCAUCGUUGAUUGUUUUAUGUUUACUAGUAAUUUACUCUUUUUUUUUUUAACUUCAAACUAUACACAUUCUAAAAAUAGUUGUUGUUUUUUUAACCUUGUCCCAUGGUUUGGUUGUUGUGAAAAUAUAGUUUAAUUUUUUUUUAAGUUAAUCAAGUUGGAGCUGGAGAAAACUGUUUGAACAAAUCUUUACAACGUGAAGUCAAAAAAAUGGUUGUUAUAAAAUCAAAUAUUUUAUUAUUACACUAUGUGAAAAAUGUAUGUCAUUAUUGCUACUGCUUUAGGCAUUCCUAACAAAUAAAUUCGCUCACUCUGCAUAAUUUUAUAGUCUUAGAAACCAAAUGACAAAUAAGAACAUAUUUUUGUUUAGUAACCUUUAAAUUUAGCUUGCUAUGUAUUUUAACUUUAAAAACUUUAUAUGAAAUUUUUUAAAAAGUGAUAAUGUGGCAUUUUCUGACGGAGAAGUUUAAAUUUAGUCGUCAACACUGUUGAAGAAAUCAUUCCCUCUGCUGUCAACAUUCUAAUGAGAAACAAGGCAAAAAAUUAAUUAAUAUAACCUGUUUUUUUUUUUACUUUGUGUCCUGAUGUAAUAAAAAUGUAGAGAAUAGAGAAAUUGUUUUGUGCCUUUUGCCAUUUCAAAUUAAAGCAUUUUUUAAUACACCUUUACAAA